UUGUCUGAGCCCAAUUUAAUUGGAUUCACUGUUCCAAACCCAAAUCUUCGUUUAUAAUCUUUUCCAGCCCGUUAGUAAAUCUUAGGUUAAAACCCAAAUUUUGUAGGAUCUAGCCGUUUCCCUUAAAAAACAUCCUUAAACCCUUACCUGUAUUGAAUUUUAGUUAAUUAAUCUGCGAAAGAAAACAGGAAGAAGCAAAACGAUGGAUUCUGAAAUUGAUUCCACGAAAGAAGAGAAAUUGAAGUCUCUUUUGGGUCAGCUUGAAGUAGAGUGUGGCAUCUUCGAAAGAAUUGUUUACAAGAACAAGAACCAGCAUAGAAGGUCAUCAUAUUUUCAGUAUCUUUUAAAGGUAAGGAGGGACUUGAGAUUGUUGAAAUCUGCUAAUUUGGAGGAAUUAAUAAGUUCCUGCUUUCUAGUUAUCACUGGAAUCAGACCUAAACAAAAGGUGCAACUUUUAGAAAGUUUGAAGAGGAGAAAAAAUGAUGUUGGAAAACCUAAUUUUAUGGACCGACUUUUGGGGGCAGCACGCUUACUAUCACAAAUUGUUGAGCCAAUGUUGAGAGCAGCGACUGAGAUAUCUACUCUGGUAGCUCGCUCAUUUUUUAUGGGAUUUUCUCUGACUGUUUUAGCUCUCCUUGCACGCCUUCGAGUUUUGGUUCAACAAAUAUUACUUGAUAUGGUCCCAGUGUUCAACACCGCCUCUUCUCUCUCCCAAAAGAAGCAGUCCAUUAAAAUAACUCAUCAAGGAAUUGAGGUAUAUAGAGAGUUUUUUCCGAAAAAAGAGGACUUUGUCACCCUAGAGUGUGUCUGGAACAUGGAUAAGUUUGUAUUGGUUGAGAGGACAAAUAGAUGUGAGAUUGAAAUGCAAGAAAGGGGCAAUGAUGGAGAAGUUUCAGCAGGAGGUAAUGCAGUGCAGUAUGAGACUAUCGAGUCGUUUCUUGGAGAUGAUGAACCAACUGCUGAGAAGGCUGAUGCAGAAACAUCACCUUGUAUGAAAGUCUCUAUAACCGGCAUCACAAUAGACCAUGACGACGACAAGAUGCAGGUUGAAAAUGUUGCUGAAAAAGUAGACGGCACUGUUUUCGUAGAAAACAGUGAACUGAAAAAUGUAUCCCAAGCUCACUUGGUUGCAGACACCAGCACUUCUGCUAUCUCUGAUAGUUUUGAAGUGAUGUCUAAUGCGAGGAAAGUGGCUUUUGUAUCUGUAAAAAGGCCAGCAUCUUCACCAGCAAAGCCAACUGAUCUUCCUUUAAGGGCUGGUCCAUCAACAAUGAAUCCAACUGAUCUUGCUUCAAAAGGAAGUGGAAGCAGCGGAGGUGACAAGACAGAUGCAUUUUAUAGCUUGCUCACCCUUGGAAACCUCAAUAAUAGUCUCUUCGAAUGAUUGAUCAAUUCAACAAGCCAUUCUUUCAGUUCGUUUUUGGUUAGUCUUGGUUUUACAAGAGGAUAGUUAAUUUGUACAUAUGACAUUGGAUUUUCGCAAAUCAGAAAGUUCAUUUAUUUUCA